AUGGCGUCAGAAAUACCCAAGCGCAACAACAUCACGGCGCCUACACCUCAGAACACACCCGCGUCGAACGCACCCAUUUCAAGUCAUGCCGCCCAGCCAGGUGUCCCAUCGAUUGAGGAAGAGGAUCUCGAUCGAGCUGCUGCGGCAAGCUUGUUUGCUCGGAACCCAGCCCUAGUGCAGAUGAUGGAGGCGAAAUUGGGCGGGCUGAUCGGCCGUUCCUCCGGUUAUAUCGAGUCACUCCCUGCUCAAGUGCGCCGUCGAGUCGAUGGUCUGAAAGGCAUCCAGAAGGACCAUGCAAAGCUAGAAGCAGAAUUCCAAGAAGAGGUGUUACAGCUUGAGAAGAAGUACUUUGCGAAGUUCACCCCACUCUACGUCAAGCGCGCCAAAAUCGUCAAUGGCGAUGCUGAACCUACCGAGGACGAGGUGGCCGCCGGAAAAGCAAAGGACGAGGAGGACGAGGAGGAUGAUGAACAAGAAGAGGAGAAAAAAGAGACACCCGCAGACGAUACAAAGGGUAUCCCAGAGUUCUGGCUGUCUGCCAUGAAGAACCAGAUCUCCCUUGCCGAACUCAUCACCGACCGCGAUGAGGAUGCCCUCCGAUCCCUGACUGACAUCCGCAUGGAAUACUUGGAUCGCCCGGGUUUCCGCCUGAUCUUCGAGUUCGCCCCUAAUGACUUCUUCACAAACAAGACCAUUUCAAAGACGUACUUCUAUCGGGAGGAGAGUGGCUACGGUGGAGACUUCAUCUACGAUCAUGCCGAGGGCGACAAGAUUGACUGGAAGGCUGGCAAAGAUCUGACGGUUAGAGUUGAGAGCAAGAAGCAGAGAAACAAGAACACUAAGCAAACCCGAGUCAUCAAGAAGACAGUCCCUACAGAGUCAUUCUUCAACUUCUUCGCACCCCCAGCCGCCCCCGGCGAGGACGACGAGGUUGCUUCCGACAUUGAAGAGCGCCUCGAGCUCGACUACCAGUUGGGCGAGGACAUCAAGGAGAAGCUCAUUCCUCGCGCCAUUGACUGGUUCACGGGCGAAGCUUUGGCCUUUGAAGAAUUUGAGGACGCCGAAGAGGGCGAGUUCGACGAUGAGGACGAAGACGACGACGAGGACGAAGAGGAGGCGGAAUCCGACGAAGAUGAUGAGGAAGAAGGUGGAAAGCCUCGUUCUCAGCAAACAUCAGAGUGCAAGAACCAGUAG